GCUGGCACCUCUGCCAACGAGACGUCUGAUUAGCACUGAUCGGAUCGGACUAUAGUCUGCGAGCCUGUUUGCGAGAGAGAAUUCGCAACGCAAUCAAAAAGUUUCCUCCGUCUUCUUGUGUAGUGAACAAACGGUGCUUAUUUUUGACUGGAAUAAUAAAGUAUCGGGCAAAUUAGGACGGCAAAGCACACUCGUACGGCAGUUUGGACGUCAUUCGAUGGGUGACUAUUUGGCAAUUAUCGUUGGAGAUAUUAGUAAAAAAGGUCUGACAAUAGCAGCAGCGGCGGCACUCAGUCGUUAUGCAAUAGGCGAAGGCAUCGCCAGCGGUUAUCGUGAUUUGUAAGCAAAGCACUGCUAUUGAAAUCUUCUUCAAUACACGCGACCACGACAAGCGAUCUAGUAGCGGAUACGUUCGUCGGUCCAGAGCACUGUGUGGGGUUGGAGCUGAUAUCGCGAAGCGCGACAAAUAGAACUUAUUUUCUGCUUCCAGUGCAGAAUUUGCCGUUUAGCUUCAGUCAGUCAGUCUUUAUCAAUCCGUCGUCAAGAUGAGUAUGAGUUCAUAUACCGAGAGUAGCUCCGAAGAGGACGAUCUGUCCCCUCGGGACAAGGUGCAGCAAAACUCCAAAGGGCAGUCGGAUUUUUGCGUGCGCAACAUAAAGCAGCACUCGUUUGGUCGACAUGAGAUCGAAAUUGCCGAACAGGAAAUGCCCGGUAUUUUGGCUCUCCGCAAGCAAGCCCUCGAGGAUAAGCCGCUUAAGGGGGCGAACAUAGUCGGCUGUACGCACAUCAACGCACAAACCGCCGUACUGAUCGAAACGCUCAUAUGUCUUGGGGCCAAUGUCAGAUGGGCCGCCUGCAACAUCUACUCGACACAGAACGAGGUUGCCGCGGCACUGGCGGAAAGUGGCGUCCCCAUCUUUGCCUGGCGUGGUGAAAUCGAGGAGGAUUUCUGGUGGUGUAUCGAUAAAUGUGUCCAUGCGGAAAACUGGCAACCGAACAUGAUCCUGGACGAUGGCGGUGAUGCUACGCAUCUGAUGCUGAAAAAAUAUCCCGUCAUGUUCAAGAUGAUCAAGGGAAUUGUGGACGAAAGUGUGACGGGAGUACACCGACUGUACCAGCUGUCGAAGACGGGCAAACUGACCGUACCGGCCAUGAACGUGAAGGAUGCCAUCACCAAGACCAAGUUCGACAGUCUGUAUAGCUGUAAGGAGUCGGUCAUUGAUAGUUUGAAGAGAGCCACCGAUAUCAUGAUUGGUGGCAAGCAAGUGGUUCUUUGCGGCUACGGCGAGGUGGGCAAAGGAUGUGCCCAAGCCCUAAAGGGAUUGGGUUGCAUCGUGUACGUUACUGAGAUCGAUCCGAUCUGUGCCCUCCAAGCCUGCAUGGAUGGUUUCCGUGUGGUCAAGCUGAACGAGGUGAUAAGGACCGUUGACGUCGUGAUCACGUGCACUGGUAACAAAAAUGUGGUGACCCGUGAGCACAUGGACAAGAUGAAGAAUGGGUGCAUCGUGUGCAACAUGGGCCAUUCCAACACGGAAAUCGACGUCAACAGUCUGCGAACUUCGGAACUGCAGUGGGAGAAGAUGCGUUCCCAAGUAGAUCACAUCAUUUGGCCUGGCCCAGACGGGAAGCGGAUCAUCCUGCUAGCCGAAGGACGUCUCGUGAAUUUAUCUUGCUCAAGUGUUUCCUCGUUCGUGGCUUCUAUCACAGCGGCCACCCAAGCAUUGGCUCUAAUAGAACUAUUCAACGCACCGUCCGGUCGCUACAAGGCGGACGUGUAUCUGUUGCCGAAAAAGAUGGAUGAAUAUGUUGCCAGCCUCCAUCUGCCAACGCUGGAUGCCCACUUGACGGAAUUGACAGACGAGCAGGCUCGUUACAUGGGUCUGAACAAGGCGGGUCCAUUCAAGCCCAAUUACUACAGGUAUUAGUAUGCUGAUGCAACCGAGAAGAAUUUAGCCGGCCGACAUUCCGACCGAAUGUCAACUAGUAUAUUUCAUUUCGCCAUACCACCACUAAACGCGCGGUUGAUUGUGUCGAAAAGAGAAAAGUUAAUUUAAACAAACACAGGAAAAAAACAGCAAAAAUAAUUAAUUUACCCAUUAAAGGAAACAUGUUAGUUGAUAGGCAUCGUAGAAAAUUGUAGACUAUUAGAGCGUGUAGAAAUGCCGCAGCAGUAAAUUGAAACGAAACUCUUCCGCUUCCACUACUAUGCAAAGAAAACGGCACGGCCAUGUUAUAUACUGCAUAUUAUAUAGAAAUUUCGUUAGAAUCGUCACAAAGCGGUGCGGCGUACCGGGACUAACCUAUCCGAUGCAACGGAGUCAAUUCAAAUACCACGUUUUGCGUCAAAUCGAACAGGCAGAAGAACCGCUUUCUCACUCUAUCAAAUCGUCCGUAUUGGUACGAGAAGCAAGCACUAGUAUUCUAAGUUUUAUUGAUUGAUUUAUUUUUAAACUAUAAAAGCAUUUGGUUGUAAACAAUUAAGGCAUCAUAAUUACACUGUAAGAGUAAAGUUUACAUCUGUUUCCAGUUUACAGGUACUAUUAUACUUACCUAUAUUUACUUUAUGAUUUUCCAAGAAGUUCUUGUCUUCUGUAAACUAAAUUCGGAUCAGGUCGAAAACGAACCAGCGAAUGGCGAGCGAUUGAUAAGCAAAAGUUUAGGAAUAAAAGGAAACUUCUUUUGGAA